GGAACUUAGAAGAAGAAACCAAACAACCUCAAAAGCCAAAUCUCUCUCUCUCUCUCUCUCUCUCUCUCUCUCUCUCUAAGUGUUUGAGUGCGAAAACAUGUCGGGGAAAGGAGCGAAGGGUUUGACAACCGGUAAAACUCCAGCAAACCUCAAAGACAAGGACAAGAAGAAACCCACAUCUCGUUCCUCAAGAGCUGGUCUUCAGUUCCCUGUUGGACGUAUCCAUCGUCUUCUGAAGUCGAGGACAAUGGCACAUGGAAGAGUUGGGGCUACAGCUGCAGUUUAUUCUGCUGCUAUCCUGGAGUAUUUAACUGCAGAGGUGUUGGAGUUGGCUGGCAAUGCAAGCAAGGAUCUGAAGGUGAAGCGUAUUACACCUAGACAUCUACAACUUGCUAUCCGUGGAGACGAAGAACUUGACACUCUCAUCAAAGGAACAAUAGCUGGUGGUGGUGUUAUUCCUCAUAUCCACAAGUCUCUUAUCAACAAGUCCUCAAAGGAAUGAAUGUUCAUAAUUCGUUCUAAUUAACGCAGGAAAAAAAAAAAGAUGGAUUUUAAUGUAAUUUCGGUGAUAACAACUUUAUUUGUGGAUAAUUCGCUCCUUGCGUUGGUUUGAUUGAUUGAGCCAUCCUUCUUUAGAUUAUCUGAAUUUUUCUUCUCUUUUGAUAUGGAUUGUAUUAACUAACAUCUUCACUUUUGUGGUAUGAUACCUGCAUGUCUAGGAUUUAUGUUGGUUUUUUAUCUUGUUAAAUUGUGUCUGUUUUGAACUGCUUGGCAAUGGAGUAAUGGAAAGUCUUUUGCUGCCGGUUUCUUA